AGUGCAAGAGUGAUUUACAGAUGAGUGAAUGAGAGAGAGAGAGAGAGAGAGAGAGAGAGAGAGAAAGAGAGAGAAUGGAAAGAAAUUCAGGUCCUACUCAUAUGAAGAAAGAAUUGACCAGAGGGCCAUGGGCGGCAACAGAAGACCAAAUCCUCAUUGAUUUCGUUAAAAAGAACGGUGAGGGAAAGUGGGAAAGAGUCUCAAAGCAAACAGUUCUCAGGAGGUGCGGGAAAAGCUGUAGACUACGUUGGUUAAAUUAUCUCCGACCCGACAUUAAAAGAGGAAACAUAUCCGAAGACGAAGAGGACCUCAUCACUAGGCUCCACAAGCUUUUGGGAAACAGGUGGUCUCUUAUAGCGAAAAGGCUUCCAGGCCGGACCGAUAAUGAGAUAAAGAACUACUGGAAUUCGACCUUAAGGAAGAAGUUACAGCUAGGUGGACAGCAACCCAAGCGUCCGUAUCUGAAGAAGAAUAUCGCCACCAAAGAUCGAUGCAAUGAAGUCGCACCAUGCAUGGACAAUAUAAAAGCUCCUUCCGUAGACAAGAGGAUGGCAGCAGCCCCUGCGGACGACCCUGAAGACUCUACUGCAAAUGCGACGACCGUACCAAAAGCCAAAUUAGGCCCGCCGACGUUGACAUUGCCAGUGGCUAGUGAUGAGAAAGAUGGUUGUCCAUGGAACGACUUUAUGGUUGAUCACAAGCCAUGUACUGAGAUUUGCUCGUCUGAUGAGUUCAUGGAACUGUGCACUCAGAUAUUUGGUGCCGAUGAAUCCGAAACAAGGUUUGAUCGGAUGUGUGGUCCGUCGUCCUCAAACAAUAACCUUCAGGAUAGGGAUAUGUCUGAAGAGAUGUUGUUUAAAUGGGCAGCUGAAUUGAUGGAUAACUGAUUCUCAUUGAUUAAGUGAUUUCUUUUACUCAAAUAAAUUUAUAUUGGCUUCUUA